UAACAUAAAACUAGUUACUUAAACAACAAUGUUCUGAAUACUCGUAUUAUGAUCUGAUAAAUAAAAUAAUGUUCACUAUGAUGAGUUGAUCCGUAGUAUACAUCCGUACUGUUGCUGUCGCCCAGCCCCCGCCGCCAGCGCGCGGCCGGCGCGCGGCGAGCUGCCGCACACGCUGCGGCGGCUGGCGCGCAGCUACGCCACGGUGUGUGACGUCAUCGCAGCGACCAACUCCGGCGACGGGCUGCUCGUCCUGCUGAUGCUGAGUUCCUUCCUGCUGUACAUGGAGAAGUACAUGUACAAGAUCGUGGCGUGGCCGACCAUGUACACGAAGUAUAAUUUAAAUUUCGCGACAACGCUGAUGUGGAGCGUAGUGCUGUCGCUGAAGCUGGUGUGCACAGUCGAGCCCUUCCACCGCACGCAGGCGCAGAUGCUCAGAACCAACACGCUGGUCAACACCCUCAAGUGUCGCCAGUGGGAGGACGAGGCGGUCAGCAACGAGCUGGACACGUUCGUGCGCCUGCUGAUGCUGCGCCGGCCGAGCUACGCGCCGCUCAGCAUGCUGAUGCUGGAGCGCGCCCUGGUGGUCAAAAUUUACGGCUGCCUGGUGACGUACUUGGUCAUCAUGCUCACCUACGGGCCAGAGGUACAACAGUGACGUCACAAUCAGCCGACUGGCGUCCACUGCUGGGCAUGGAUCUCCAAAGACCUCUGUCUUGAGGUGCCUCCAUCCAGCAGUACCUACAACCCGUUUUAUGUCCCUGGUUCACCUAUUGGGGGUUAACCAACACUGAUUUCCGGUUUUAAGUCACCAUUUCAGCACCUAGAAAUCCCAACAUCUAUCGUCUCUUCAAACUACGUGUGAUUGACUCGUUCAACUGUGUCAGCAGCUUUGUUUGUUCUACAGAUCUUCUAAUUUCUAAUACAAUCACGCAGAUAUUCCUAUACAGUUCGCUCGCGUUUCACCAGACAUGAAUCGGUAAAAAAUCGGCCUCUAUCCACACCAAUUACAAAAAGUUAUAACAUGUUCUUUGUUGACCUAACAAAAAGUUAAAUUAGCGGAGAGUAUCUCUAGUUCACUAUUUAUCACUCCAUUUGAGGGAGUCUGGUAAUUAAAUUGUUUUCUGUCAAGAAUGUUUGAAUUUCAAUUAUCCUGUUCUGUGUUCAGAGCACAAAGACAGCGAGAGGUCGUGUUCGAGGACGAUUUGAGGCUUUGCGGCUUUUCACCGCUUGCACGUUUGUCUACUCCAUAACGACGUUAAUUAAUGUUUUAAUUCAAAUCUUGUAUUACACGAAGAUUGUUAA